AUGGCUUCCUUAGGAUUUUCUGUAGGCAGUGGAAACUCGUGUUUGCUGCCGAGAGCAGCAGUUUCCGAUCACUCCAUUCCGAACAGUGGCAGAGAUGGAUUUAAUCCCUUAAAGAAGGGCGGUACCAGCAGGAAGCGCUUGACGUCCACAAACGUCGCAAGUCCUCCAUUGCCGGCUAUUGCAGCUCCUCAUCUGCCGCCGAGUAAGGAAAGUGAUGAUCGAAGAAGCCACGUAGCUUGGACCAGUGUGCGGCAGGAGAGAUGGGAAGGAGAGCUGCACGUACAAGGACAAAUACCACUGUGGCUGAAAGGAACGUACCUAAGAAAUGGUCCGGGACUUUGGCACAUUGAGGACUACAACUUCCGUCACCUCUUCGACGGCUACGCGAUGCUAGCCAAGCUCCACUUUGAGAACGGCCGUCUGAUCGCCGGCCACCGCCAAAUCGAAUCCGAUGCUUAUAAAGCCGCAAUGAAGAGCAAAAAGCUAUGCUACCGUGAGUUCUCAGAAGUUCCUAAACCGGAUAAUUUCCUAUCCUACAUUGGUGAGCUGGCCAACCUAUUCUCCGGUGCAUCCCUUACCGAUAAUGCCAACACCGGCGUAGUACAACUCGGUGAUGGCCGGGUGGUGUGCCUCACUGAGACCCAAAAAGGGUCCAUAGUGAUUGACCCGGACACUUUGGACACAAUAGGAAAAUUCGAGUACACUGACUCGUUGGGAGGUUUGAUCCAUUCAGCACAUCCUAUUGUGACAGAGACCGAGUUCCUGACUUUGUUGCCUGAUCUGAUCAACCCGGGUUACUUGGUGGUGAGAAUGGAGCCUGGUACGAAUGAAAGGAAGGUGAUCGGACGGGUUGACUGCAGACAAGGUCCGGCGCCGGGAUGGGUUCAUAGCUUUCCGAUGACCGAGCACUACAUAAUUGUGCCCGAAAUGCCGUUGAGGUAUUGUGCAGGAAAUUUGCUCAGGGCUGAACCAACACCAUUGUACAAGUUUGAGUGGCAUCCUGAGUCCAAGGCCUAUAUGCAUGCUAUGUGUAAAGCCAGUGGUAAAAUUGUUGCGAGUGUGGAAGUGCCAUUGUUUGUUACUUUCCAUUUCAUUAAUGCAUAUGAAGAGAAAGAUGAGGAUGGGAGGGUGACGGCACUCAUUGCAGAUUGUUGCGAGCACAACGCUGAUACCACCAUCCUUGAUAAGCUUAGGAUACAGAAUCUGCGUUCAUAUACUGGCGAAGAAGAUGUGCUACCAGAUGCUAGGGUUGGAAGGUUUAGAAUCCCAUUCGAUGGGAGUGCAUAUGGAGAACUAGAUGCAGCAUUAGACCCAAAUGAACAUGGAAAAGGGAUGGACAUGUGCAGCAUAAACCCUGCGUUUUUGGGUAAGAAGUAUAGAUAUGCCUAUGCUUGUGGAGCUGAGCGCCCUUGCAACUUCCCUAACACCCUCACAAAGAUUGAUUUGGUGGAGAAGAAAGCUAAGAAUUGGUAUGAAGAGGGCGCAGUGCCAUCCGAACCAUUCUUUGUCGCUCGACCAGGUGCAACUGAAGAAGAUGAUGGUGUGGUGAUCUCGAUGAUCAGUGAGAAAAACGGAGGUGGGUACGCAUUGGUAUUAGAUGGAACAACGUUUGAAGAGAUUGCUAGAGCCAAGUUCCCUUAUGGCCUUCCAUAUGGGCUGCAUGGAUGCUGGGUUCCAAAGAAAUGAAGUGAAUCAAGUACUUAGGGGGCAACUUCGAGAAAAUAUCCAUACAAAUGAGGCUCCUGAUGACCAGAAGCAUCAAGAUUAAAACUU